GAUAAAAUUGAGGGAUCGCUUAGUAAUUGCCAUUUGAUUUAAGCGCCAAUUUGUAUAACAAUGCGAUACACAUAUUGAUUGACAUAACAUAUCGUCGACUAAACUCUUAUUAAUAUUUUGUUUACAUUUUAGUACACAUUUAGCUGAUUAUCACCGCAAAGAUGGGUCUAUUGGAUGACUGCAAGCAAUACUUUGGUUGCGAUAAUUUAUAUGAAGUGUUGGGCGUCAACAAAGAGGCCACCGAUAGCCAGAUUAAGACCGCAUAUCGCAAACAGUCUCUUAAAGUACAUCCCGACAGAGCCGAUGACACGGUGGACAAGGAAGUGGCCAAAAGGGCUUUUCAGACACUGUCUAAAGUACACUAUAUAUUGAGUGAUAAGACAAACCGUCAAACAUAUGACGAGACCGGUAUUAUCCCGAGUGACGAUUCAUUUGAAUCGAAAGACGAUUGGUAUGAUUACUGGCGAUUGUUAUUCCCGAAGAUCACCGAAAAAGAUGUCGAGUCUUUUAUGGACAAAUAUAUUGGUUCUGAAGAUGAGAGGAACGAUCUCAAGACGUUUUACAUACGAUUUGAGGGCGAUAUGGAUGCCAUAAGUCAAUCACUAAUCGGUUUCGAUGAGGACAGGACUCGACAAUUGAUUCAAGAAAUGAUUGAUAACGAAGAAGUAGAAGAAUUUGAUGCAUUUGUUAAUGAAUUGGAUGUCAAACGAAGUAAAAGACAAAAUAAGGCUAAAAAAGAGGCCAAAAUGGCAGAGAAGGCGUCAAAGAAAAUGAAGAAUCAAUCGGACAAUGACUUGGUUUUAGCCAUUCGGUCGAAGAAUGAAAACGGUUUUAAUAGUCUGAUCGCUGGUCUUGAGGCCAAAUAUGCCGACAAAGACAAGAAGAGUACCAAAAAUAAGACGAAAAGUUCAAAACGAAAGUGAAUUUUAUUUAUUCAAUACAUUUCUUGCAUUUCUCA